AUGGCAAGCACCUCAUCUUCUACCUCAAUUUACACUGCCACCACCAUCCCUACAACCAUCUCGCCUGCCACCACCAUCCCUACAACCAUCUCGCCUGCCACCACCAUCCCUACAACCAUCUUCCCUGCCACCACCAUCCCUACAACCAUCUCGCCUGCCACCACCAUCCCUACAACCAUCUCCCCUGCCACCACCAUCCCUACAACCAUCUCGCCUGCCACCACCAUCCCUACAACCAUCUCGCCUGCCACCACCAUCCCUACAACCAUCUCGCCUGCCACCACCAUCCCUACAACCAUCUCCCCUGCCACCACCACUUGUCUACUUCUUCAGCCGUCCAUAAACCCAAAAUAA